AUGCAAGAAAUUGACUUGUUAAGGUUACAUAGAGAAACACUAAAAUUUAUGGAAAUAGAGAGUAUCUUUAAGCGCUUAACUUAAACCUUCAUUAAUUAAAUUUACAAUCUUAUUAAAGAUAUUUUUGCAGAAGAGCACAAAUUCACUAUCCAAGUAAAUUCAUAACUGAAAAUAGGAAUUAUUGAAAAUGGCUAAUUAGAAAGAUAUUCCUCUCAAAGAAUUCAAAUUAGUUGAGCAUUACAAACUAAAUUCACAAAUAUUCAAGACUAAUCUAUAAACUAUUUUUUCCAUUAUCAUAGAUGACCUUUAAAAUACAUUUAAUAAAUAAAUUAUUAUUGAAGAGAGAUCAAUUUUAGAACCAAGAUAACUUACAUAAAUUGAUGAAGAAUCAUAAAUAUGUUUUACUGAAAAUUGUAAUGAAGUAUCUCAAGAGUAUUCCAAAACACAUAGAGAUGAUAUUAAAACAGAAGAAGCUCCAUUAGUUAAUUAAGAAUUAAAAUAAAUCUAGAAAAUUCCAUUAGCCAAAUUAUUGUCAUUUGACAAGAUUACUAGUUUAUCAGUAGCUAAUUCACCUAGACAUUCCAGAGAAAAUAGUUUAACUAGUCAUACAUUUCGAUAAUCAAACAAACCAAUCUAAUAAUUGAUGUUAAAUUCUAAUGUUGGAACAAAGAAAUAGACAGUAACAUAAUUAGCCAAAAAUAAAAGUUUGGAAUUAAAGUCUAUAGCUGAAACCUUGAUAGCUCAAAAUAAAAUCACUCCAAAAGGAAAUUAAACAAUUAUUUUUAACAAUCUAAUGUCAAAAAUCAAUAACUUUAAAGAGAAUACAUAAAAACCAUGA